CAUGAAAGUCCGACACAGUCUGAUCUGCUUCUUCCUCCUCAGCCUCAUCAAUGCAGAAAUCCCUGUUCAUGAAGGAACUGAAGGAGGAAUCAUCACAGUCACCUGCGACUUCAACUUCUCUGGAAAGAAAAAGUUCUUCUGUAAAGAAAAAUGUGAAGAAGGAAACGUUCUCAUUGACACAACUGAUGUCAGAGCUCAGAAUGGCAGAUACAGCCUUGAAUAUAAGGAAGGAUUUUAUCCAGUAUAUUCUACAAUUCUGUAUGUGAGCAUCUCACAGCUGACCAAGUCUGACUCAGGACGGUACAGAUGUGGUUUGGAAAGAACUGUGUUACCUGAUGGAUUUUCAGAGUUUGAGAUCAGAGUCUCAGAUGCUCCGACCACUUCAGUCCCAUCAGCCUCCGCUCCACCAGGAAGCUUCACACCUUCAUCAUCCUCCCCUGAAACCACAGAGCAGUCUGACCAGCAGCAGACUGACAGACCAACAGCACCACCUGCAGCACCUGCACCACCUUCACCACCUGCACGUUCAGGUGUGCUGCUGUAUGUGCGCGUGGUUCUGACCAUCAUGGUUGUCCUGGUUUCACUGGGUUUGCUGAUAUUCUGCAUGAGGAGGACCAAUAAUAAUAAAGGUAAGACAACAGGAAACACAUGA